AUGUCUGCCAACCAGAAUGUGGAGUUUGUGCAAACAGGCUAUGGUAAGAACGCUGUGAAGGUUCUGGUCAUAAAGAGACAGGGAAAACAUCAUGACAUUAUUGAGCUAAAAGCAAAUGUGGAAAUUACUCUGAAAUCUCGCAAAGACUAUUUAUUGGGAGACAACUCGGACAUCAUCCCAACUGACACUAUCAAGAACACCGUGCACGCCCUUGCCAAGAUCAAAGGGGUUAAAACUAUUGAACAGUUCUCCAUGGAUAUUUGCAAUCAUUUUCUAACUGCGUUCACUCAUGUCUUAUGGGCUAAAGUUUACAUGGAAGAGGCUCCCUGGAGAAGGCUAGAGAAGAAUGGUGUCGGGCACGUUCAUGCUUUUAUCCUUAGUCCUGAAGCUGAUCGAUUCUGUCAGGUUGAGCAAGAUCUAAAUGGUUUACCAGUUGUUCACAGUGGAAUUAAAGACAUGAAGGUCCUGAAAACCACAAAGUCUGGAUUUGAAAAUUUCUUCAGAGAUAAGUUUACAACCCUGCAGGACAGCAAGGACCGGUGUUUCUGCACGACAGUCUACUCUAGAUGGCGCUAUAACAAAGUGUAUGAUGUUGAUUUUGAUGCUGCAUGGAAAGCUGUCAAAGAUAUUAUAAUAGACAAGUUUGCCGGUCCAUAUGACACUGGAGUGUACUCGCCCUCUGUGCAGAAGACGCUCUAUGAAGCUCAGGUUAUGGUUCUGGGCCAACUCCCUGAGAUUGAGGAAAUAGAGAUUGUCAUGCCCAACCAACAUUACUUUACCAUAGACAUGACAAAGAUGGGCCUCAGCAACAAAGAUGAAGUUCUACUCGCCCUUGAUAACCCCUCAGGAAACAUCACUGGGACUCUGGGCCGAAAACACAAAGCCAAACUAUAA